AUGGAUUCCCAACUGGAUACCCCAGACUGCCCUCACUUUGCGCUACUCUACAUCGACGAUGAUGGGAAACUCCGUUUCGAGGCCUCUGCCUCAAUUGCAGACAACUGCCAUAGGAUUUUAUCCUCCGAGGUAAUCGACUCAUUCUUGAGAGCAGUUUCUUUGUCUGGGGAUAGGGUGAAAUCACUAGAUUCGUCUGGCUUCAUUGAAGGCCAAAGUAAAAGUCCACCUUCUCCAGGGUCAACUGGAAGCCCUUGCCAUAGCCGCAGGUCCUCGUUCUCCCAACAAAUGGACACUCAGAUGAAGCGGAAGAAAGUAACCCACGAGUACGUGAUACCAUUCAGCAUAAACUGCUACCCAAAGACAAUGCUUCUGGUCAAGAACCACGCCCUUCUCCGAAAGUACUACGAAAGGGCCUUUCAGAGCCUGAAACAGGCCAACUGCCGCAUCUUGGCCAAGGCAUACAUCAAGCUUGUCGAGCCCCGCAAGCAAGUCAACUUUCCCUAUAACGGCCGCAAGGUUAUAUCGGGAAUCCCUCAGCAACUCGACCCGGAGACAACCAAGCCCCCAUGGUGGCCUACGGAAGUCGUCCAUCGCGAACCUGAUCACCUUCUCAAGGCAGGAAGAGUUCAUCUUCUCGUACAUAUCCUAUGUGAGCUCCGUGAGAGCCACGGAAUCAGCGUCGAGAAGCUCAGAGAAGCGGACCAGUCCAUUCGUCGGCAGUUUUCACCCCCCGAGUGUCUCCAAGUCCUAGAUGAAAUCUAUCGCGUCCGUGGAGAAGAAGAGAGCUAUCUAGAUGGAAGGACAGACGAUCAAGCAGUCGUAUGUGUGUCCCAGGUUCCUCUUCAAGACUCUCAGACUUGGCUAUAUUCACCCUCCGGCUCGAGCAACGAAUUCGACACGCUCCACCGCGAUGAAAUGCGCGACUUAGAAUCCCACACCUCUGUUUUUCCUUCCUCAAACGGCACCCCGACAAGCCCAACAGAAGUAGAAGAGCCGAGUCCUCCGCCGGUUACCUCCACAGCCCCAACCUCGUGGAAUGCAUGCCCCUCCACUCUUCCAGCAUCUUUGCCUCCCGCCAACUCUACCAUGAAACCGCUUGCCCCAGACACAGCCUCAUCUCCCUAUACCCUUGACUUUACUCCAUCGUACGGGGAUAACACGACGCUUGGAAUGCCACCCUUUGCGAUGGGGUACUACCCGAAUCCUCAGUUCCAGCAGAAUUCGGUACUUUCGCAAGAUUCCUUGCAUCCACAACCUUCGGUCCCUGCCAUACGGCCUCCAGGAACAGGUUUUGGUGGAUUUCCGCAGCCUUACUACUAUACCUACUAG